GCGGAGCGGGUCGGCUGGGGCGGAGCAGAGCCGUCCGCAGAGCAGCCCCUCCCGGCCGCGGCCGCCGACCCCGGCCCCCCGGCCUGGCCCUGGCUCUAUGGACAGGAGCUCCCUGCUGCAGCUCAUCCAGGAGCAGCAGCUGGACCCCGAGAACACAGGCUUCAUCGGCGCAGACACCUUCGCCGGUCUGGUGCACAGCCAUGAGCUGCCCCUGGACCCGGCCAAGCUGGACAUGCUGGUGGCCCUGGCCCAGAGCAACGAGCGGGGCCAGGUCUGCUACCAGGAGCUGGUGGAUCUGAUCAGCAGCAAGCGCUCCAGCAGCUUCAAGCGGGCCAUUGCUAACGGACAGCGGGCGCUGCCCCGGGACGGGCUGCUGGACGAGCCGGGCCUGGGCGUCUACAAGCGGUUCGUGCGCUACGUGGCCUACGAGAUCCUGCCCUGUGAGGUGGACCGCCGCUGGUACUUCUACCGGCACCGCAGCUGCCCGCCCCCCGUGUUCAUGGCCUCUGUCACCCUUGCCCAGAUCAUCGUGUUCCUGUGCUACGGGGCCCGCCUCAACAAGUGGGUGCUGCAGACCUACCACCCCGAGUACAUGAAGAGCCCCCUCGUGUACCAUCCCGGGCACCGCGCCCGGGCCUGGCGCUUCCUCACCUACAUGUUCAUGCACGUCGGGCUGGAGCAGCUGGGGUUCAAUGCCCUCCUGCAGCUGAUGAUCGGGGUGCCCCUGGAGAUGGUGCACGGCCUGCUCCGCAUCAGCCUGCUCUACCUGGCAGGCGUGCUGGCAGGCUCCCUGACGGUCUCCAUCACCGACAUGCGGGCCCCCGUGGUGGGAGGCUCCGGCGGGGUCUACGCCCUGUGCUCUGCACACCUGGCCAACGUCGUCAUGAACUGGGCUGGCAUGAGGUGUCCCUACAAGCUGCUGAGGAUGGUGCUGGCCUUGGUGUGCAUGAGCUCCGAGGUGGGCCGGGCCGUGUGGCUGCGCUUCUCCCCACCGCUGCCCGCCUCGGGCCCGCAGCCCAGCUUCAUGGCACACCUGGCGGGCGCGGUGGUGGGUGUCAGCAUGGGCCUGACCAUCCUGCGCAGCUACGAGGAGCGCCUGCAGGACCAGUGUGGCUGGUGGGUGGUGCUGCUGGCCUACGGCACCUUCCUGCUCUUCGCCAUCUUCUGGAACAUCUUCGCCUACGACCUUCUGGGCACACACGUCCCCCCGCCGCCCUGACCCGCUCCCCUGGGCCGGGCCUGGGCACGUGGGGGGCCGGCCACCAGGUGGGCGUUCGUGUCCGCCUCCAUGGAUGGACGUCUCAGAGCUGCUGCUCCCACGGGGCAGGUGGCCCUUGUGGCCCCGGGAGUUGAGGCCAAGGCUCACUCCAGCCCCAGCUGCCCCUCCCAGGCCUGGUGGGAGGUGGCUGGGCCAGGACUGGGUGGGUGGUGCAGAGGAGUCUGUGUACCACCCCCCCCCAGCCCCACCCCCAGGACUUGCAGUCUGAGCCUUUUUUGAAAAUGAAUAAAUAUUUUACACAGCACCAGGUGACUGUCCCGGGGCUCUGGAGGCUUGUCUGGCCCCCCCAACACCUGCUGAACAUAAGGGAUUUCUCCCCACCACGAUGAAAGCCUGGGUUUUCUCCUCUUUUGUACCUCUGCACCUGGAGUGAGGCCUGGGAGCCGGGGG